AUGCAGCAUUGUGAAGUUCAUCCACAGACGUUCAGGUGUUUUAUGGUUAGAGAGCUGAAAAAAAGUACCCCUACUGCCUUUGUUAUUGAUGUUAAUGGUUUCGAAUUGACGUUCAAGCUUUUAUAUUUUGCAUUAAUGACUGGGUUGAAGUGUUUUGGGGAAGAAAUUGUUGUUAACUCUAAGAAAAACAGACUCUUGGAUACAUAUUUUGGGGGUUCCAACAAAAGUGUGAAAAAGGGUGAAUUGCUUGAAUGCUUUGAGGAUCAGAAUUGGGGCGUUGACGAUGAUGCAGGCGGAGAUGCUGUAAAGAUUGCAUUACUGUAUUUUAUCCAUAUAUACAUCCUAUCCGGUGAGAAAAACAAUGUAGUCAUUCCAAGGCUCCAUUUUGACUUGGUAGAGAGUAGGCGGUACGUAGACUAUACAUGGGGAAAGGAAGCGUUUGAUGAUUUGGUCAGAAUAAAAAAUGGAGAUCGUAUUCCCAGAAAGUUCAACUGGAAAACUAUAGACGGGACUCCACACUUUAAAGAUCUCAUGACUGGCAUGUUCAAUGAUGACGAGUCAGAGGACCGUCUUACUUAUAGGAAUAUUGUGCCGACCAUCAGUGAGAUUGAGGAACUUCGAUUGCGUCCAUAUCUCUCCGAUAAUUCUGCAUCGACAGGUCAACAACAGGUGGCGGAUGACUAUGAUGAUUUUAGUUCGACACCACCACAUGUGUCUGCGGCCAAGCAGCCUCAAAAUAAAGGUGUAUCAGAAUCUCCACCUCACAAGAAGCCUAGACAGAUGCCAAUGGUACCAUCGCCAUUGAAGAAGACCACAUCUCCAAUUACACAUAUUGGUAGUCAUCCGAGUGGUGGACGAUUGACCAGACGUCAUGGGUUGGCAUCAACUGGGCAUGCUUCAGCAGUGGAAAAGGAAUCAGCUCCAAUACCCAACCCCCCGUCUGCUGUUCCUGUUGACAUCCUAUCCACCAGCAAAUCCGAGGAUAUCUCUGGUUUGAGGGAGGAACUCAAUGAGUUUAAGUAUAAAGUUUACGCCGAAUUCAAGGAUCUUCACAAAACCAUCAACGAAAAUUUUGCCAAGGUUUUUGAAUAUACGAAAGUGAAUCAAACUACAAAAAAGUCAGCCGACGAGUACAUUCCACGGGAUGCUGGAGUACAAAUGCAAACCGACACGGGUCAUGCAGCGUCAACAGAGGGAGUUGGCAUGCAACAGUUUGAUGUGCCUGAUAUUGGAAUGGAUCGCCGCAACGAAAGUGGGGAAACAUUAAAGGAAUCUACUGAAGAACUUCAAGAAGGUGGUGAUAAUUUUGGAGAACAAAAAGAAUCGACGAUAUGCAUAGAUCAAAUACAUCUGACCGAAUACAUAGUUGAGUUUCCCGAAGACACCGUAUCUGUCAAAUCGCCAGUCUUAUCAGCAAACUCUGCUGACAUAGCAGAGGUUCUAGCUGAUAUUUCUCGCACAGGCUGGUCUUCGGGUCCCUCUCAUGACAAGAGUGCUGUAUUGCAGGAAGAUCGUUCUAUUUUCGAGACGCCGCCCAAAGUUGGUGAGAAUGUGAUUCCCUUAUCUCAAUUUCUUUUGCCUGACGAGUUGCUUCCAAGCCAAACUCCUGAAAGAAGAAUGGUUUUGCAUCCGUCAGUGGCCCGGAAUAGGCGUCCUACUGGUUCGAAACACAUCACUGUCCUCAUUUUUAAGAAGAAGCAUCCAUUCGCGGAUCCUAUCACUGGCCCAGUCGACAUAGAGCUUUUUGAUAAAUACUUGGAGUGGAUUCGCAAGGGACUGCUUGUCCGGCAUGAAAAUAAAAAGAACAAUGAAGACCGUUACAGAAAGAAGAUGGCAGCUUUGGAGAAUGAUGCAAAUUAUACUUAUAAUUUUGGCAUCACAGUAGUAGAGAACAAAAACUGGUUCUACCAGUUAUCAAUGAGUGGCCAGAUGUGGAAUGAUGAGCACGUUGACGUAAUUUUCUACUACUUGCGAAAGAAAGGAAAGUAUGAUAGAAGGAGCACUUUCAAAUACACAACAGUUGACUGUCUCUUCAUGCGAAAGGUUGAUCAAACAUAUCUUGCAUACAACAACCCGGAAACUGGACCCAAUGUAGCCAACGAAGAAGACGAUAUAUGUCAAUAUGUUAAGGGCUACAGAUUGCAUGCAAAUGUCUCGUGGCAUUCAAUUGACAAUAUUUUUAUACCUGUCAACAUCAAAGAGGAUAAUCAUUGGAUUUUGGUCGUACUCUCAUUCAAUGACAGGGAUUGUGGUGUGUACGUAGCUGCGUUCGCUGAAUAUCUAAGCACUGGUGAAGGUAUCCCAGCACAAAUUGAUGCAACAAUGCUCCGCAAUAGGUACAUCGCACUCCUUUGGGACUAUGCUGCACGGAAGAUCGAUGAACAUGCUAUGAGCGACAUUGAGGCACCACCAAAACCAGUUAGGCCAGCAGUGGAUUAUGGCAAAGCUGACAAAAUUGAUGUUACUUAG